CAAUAGGAUUGUUUCAGAACAUGGUCCCUGAAGUUUCAUGCAUCACAAGCUUAAAUUUAAGCUUAACCGGAGAUCAUAGUUAUCCAAUAAACCAUCUUUUAGAUCUCCAUGAUCAUGAUCUUGAUCAACAACACCACCACCAACAACUGGAAGAGAAAUCAUCGAUCAUGUAUGAUCACUUGCUCCCAUCUUUAACAUUAGGGUUAGGUAGAGAUCAAGAUCCAUCCAAGUUAAUCCACCAAGCUACUUCCAAUUCGAUUGUUAGCACAGUUUCUUCGUUCUCAAACUCCACGAGUGCCAAGAGGGUGGAGAGAGAUGGUGGCGGAGAAGAAGUGGAGAAGACGUUGUCGUCAAAGACAAUCAAUGAUAUUGAUCAAGAUGAAUUUGAAGGUGGUUCAAGAAAGAAACUCAGAUUAACCAAAGAACAAUCUUUUGUUUUGGAAGAAACAUUCAAACAACAUAGCACCCUCAAUCCUAAGCGAAAGCAAUCCCUUGCAGAAAGUCUUAAUCUACGGCCAAGACAAGUGGAGGUAUGGUUCCAGAAUAGACGAGCAAGGACAAAGCUGAAGCAAAAUGAAGUAGACUGUGCAUUACUGAAGAAGUGUUGUGAAGCACUAGCGAGUGAUAACAAAAGGCUAAAAACGGAAAUUCAAGAACUGAAAGCAGGAAAAACCACCACCAUCUCACCGCAGUUUUACAUGCAGUUUCCGGCAGCCACCCAGACCAUGUGCCCUUCAUGUGAGAGAAUCGUAUCCGGCAGCGACACAACAAUGCCUUUCAAAACUCCCUUCUCUCGUGCCCCAAAGUCACUCGCACACCGUUUUACUCAGCUUUGCUAACUAUUAUAUAAACAAGGUCAAUUUUGUAAAUUACUAAUUUAGUUAAUCUAUCUUUUAUUUAUGUCAAA